AUGGAUGCAGAGCUGAACGAUGUCAAUCUUCGUCGUUGCCGAUUAAAUUUAUGGAGUAAUUAUGCCGGCUAUGGUUUUAGGCUCGAAGCUUCACCACUACCACCACAUAUUGUUCAACUUGUUGAAUCGAAUAGUCCAGCAGCUGCUGGUGGUCUUAGAAUACGCGAUCUCAUUCUAGCUGUUAAUAAUGAAAAUAUGUGUAAGUCUAGUUAUGAUGAACUAAAAUAUAUCAUUAAAAAAGCACGAGAUACAGAUGAUCAUAUUGACUUACUUGUUAUUGAUCAAGAUUUUUAUAAAAUAUUAAAGGAAAAAAAUCAAUCAAUCCAUCCUAGAUACGCGAAAACUAUUGAAACACCACGAACAAUGCCAAGAGAUUAUGAAAAAUUUCCAAAACAUCAACCACGUAUCUGUGAAAUACAUUUAAAUACAAAUGAUACAUCAUUCGGUUUUCAAACUAUUAAUCCUUUAAAUAAUGCUGGGAUAUUUAUUCAAGAAGUAUAUCCGAAUUCACGUGCCGCUAAUACAUCAUUACGUAAAUAUGAUCGAAUUAUUGAAAUUGAUGAUGACUUUGUUGAUAAUGUGCCAAGUAGUACUAUCUUAGAAAAAUUACGUAUAGCACAAGAAAAACGACACGUGAAAUUAUAUGUUAUUGAUACGGAGACCUAUGAAUUUUUUCAAUCAAAUAACAUACCACUAUCAUCAGAGGAAUGUCGAGAAAAUACAUUUGAAAGAAGAUUCUCGACAAAUUCAUGUACCGAGAAAGAUAAGAGGUCAUCAUUAUCAUCUUAUAAAUUCGGAACAAUAUGUGCAUCAUUUCACAGUGGAUCAAUCGAAGUUGAAAUGGGUGAUAUAACAAAGAAACGGGUUGAUGUUAUUAUUGGUAGUUCAUCAUCGCGAAUCUUAAGACAAACAAUAAUAAAAGCAGCUGGCAAUGAAACUCAAGCAGCGUACGAUCUCGAAUUAAAAAACCAUCCGAAUUUUGUACUAAUGGCACUACCAUCGGGAACUCUACCCUGUAGACAAAUAUUCCUCGUUAAAUGGAAAUCCGACAAUGAUGAAGGGAUACUUCAACAAUCUCUUGUUGAUCUCAUGCAUACUGUUGUACAAAAUGUUCAAGAACAUCAGUUUACGUCAAUUGCAUUUUCAGCCAUUGGAUGUGGAAAACACGGCUGUUCAUUAGAUAUUGUAGUUAAGAUUAUGGUUCUAGAAAUGAAAAAACAUCUUAUAACAAGAAAUUUACCAUGGACUGUAAAAUUUGUUGUUGAACCUGAUCAAGAAAAUAUUUAUGAUGAAUUUUGUAAACAAGUAUUAACUACACAGGAUGGCCUACAUGAACCAAAGUUUUAUCAAUUGCCAUCAACAUGGGAAAAAUCAAGACAACAUAAAAAUCGCUUUAGAUUGUCCACUACGACAAAUGAAUACGCAUCCAUUGUUUCCAGUUUUGAUCAAGCGAUGAAAGAAAAAUAUACACAGAUAAUCAAAAUUGAACGUGUUCAAAAUGAACGAUGGUAUAUGCAAUAUUUAGCACAUAAAGAAGAUUUUGAAAGACGUCUUAAAAUGGAUACGGAAGUAAGUUUAUAUCAUGGUUGUUCUGAACAAGCUGCUCAUUCAAUUAUCGAAGACUGUUUUAAUAGAAGUUUUGCUGCAGUUCAUGGAACUGCCUAUGGCAUUGGUGUUUAUUUUUCAUCGAAAGCAGAUUAUAGUCAUAAAUAUACUGAAACAAACACAAAUGGAGAACGAUGCAUGUUUAGAGCACGAGUUUUAGUAGGAAAAACCAUCAGAGGAAAUAAGUCAAUGAAAACUCGACCGCUUGGAUUUGAUUCAACUACUAAUGAAAAUCAUAUUUUCGUUACAUAUCACGAUGCUCAAGCAUAUGCUGAAUAUUUGAUUACAUACAAAUGA